CGAAGAAGGAAUUUCCUGCGGGAAGUCCAGAGCAGUGCCUUAAAAAGCGCUCAGGACGUGCCUUGUUCUCAGAAGACAAGACGCUCAGCCACCGAAGCACACAUCCCAGGAAUGAUGCGAGGUCCGUGGUUGCUUUUCCUGAUUGUCGGCGUCACCCUGGUGGUGUCUGCCAUCUCUGAGGCUGAAGUGCCGGCCACAGAAGGAGGACCAACUUCGGAAGAUGCACCUGAGAAGGAAGAAGCCCACCUUGAGCGCCAGCAAGUAAGUCUUGGCGAUGUAUCUGAAGGAGAGACUUCGGGGUUAAGAUCUCGGCUAUCGGUGGUUGCUAGCCAUGACGGCUCGGCUCUACCUCCACAAUCGGAAGCAAAACGUUUCUGAAUCCCAGUUGCUGGAGACCAAAGGAGGGUUGAGGGAUCUUGUGUUCGGAUCCUGGUUUUUGGCUUCCCACAGGCAUCUGGGUGGCCACUGUGAGAACAGGAUGCUGGACUAAAUGGGCCAUUGGCUUGAUCCAGCAGCCUCUUACCUUCUUACCUCCACCCCCAUCAUUCUGCCCGGACGCUGAGGUCCAGCACAGAGGGACUUCUGGUGGUUCCCUCACUGCGAGAAGCAAAGCUACAGGGAACCAGGCAGAGGGCCUUCUCGGUGGUGGCGCCCGCCCUGUGGAACGCCAUCCCACCAGAUGUCAAAGAGAUAAGCAACUACCUGACAUUUAGAAAACAUCUGAAGGCAGCCCUCUUCAGAGAAGUUUUUAAUGUGUGACAUUUUGAUGUAUUUUUAAUCUUUGUUGGAAGCCGCCCAGAGAUGGGCAGGGUACAAAUAAUAAAUUAUUAUUAUUAUUAUUACGAUCUCUCCAAGGGAGAUGGCGGCAUCUUGGACCACUCAGAGUUCGGCGUGACAUGUAGCAAUAUUUUUACCGAUCGGGCUUUGCUGUUCAACACAGCAAAAGGCUGAAAAAAGAACAAUUAGAGCAGAUGGUGGACAUCUUUCAAUGAUGAAAAUCUGUGGGUUCGUUUCCAAAGUGCCAUCGUGGUCCGGGAAUAGGGUCCUGUUAUUUGUGGCAUUUUGGUUGUGGGCAUGGUACAGCGAGGGGGGAAAGUAUUUGAUCCCCUGCUAAAUUUGCCCGUCUGCCCUCUGACGAAGAAAUGACCAGCCCGUAAUUUUAAUGGUAGGUUUAUUGUAGCUGUGAGAGACAUAGAAUAAUAACACGAAAACCCACAGAAACCCAGAAGACGAAAGUCAGAGAUUGAUGUGCAUUAUAAUGAGUGAAAUAAGUAUUUGAUCCCUUUGCAAAACAUGACUUAGUACUUGGUGGCAAAACCCUUGUUGGCAAUGACAGAGGUCAGAUGUUUCUUGUAGGUGGCCACCAGGUUUGCACACAUCUCAGGAGGUAUUUUGUCCCACUCCAUGUUUGACGGUGGGGAUGGUGUUCUUGGGAUCCUAGGCAGGGAUCCUUGGGAUUCCUCCUCCUCCAAACACGGCGAGUUGAGUUGGUAUAUAAAUUUUCCCUUGGCUUUUUUGCUGGCCCAAGUAGGACCAGCAUGGAUAGCUGGCUCUGGUGAAUAUCUGAGGUUUCCUCCCUUUAUGGUCUUGAUUUAUGGGCUACUUCUAAAACGAGGCUGCAUUUUAAGCUGUAUUUUAGUUAACUGUUUCUUUUCCCUUUUUUUCUAUUACGUUUUAUUGUACUUUAUAUUUGGUGUUAGCCGCCCUGAGCCCGGCCCUGGCCAGGGAGGGCAGGGUAUAAAUAAAAAUUUAUUACAGUCAUACCUCGGGGUUGCGAACGUGAUCUGUGCGGGAGGCACGUUCACGACCUGUAGUGCCAUGUCUGCGCACGUGCAUGAUGCCAUUUUGUGUUUCUGCGCAUGCACAAGUGCCGAAACCCGAAGUAACCUGUUCUGGUACUUCCAGGUUUGGCGUGGUCUGUAACCCAAAAAUGCUCAACCUGCAGCGUUCGCAACCCGAGGUAUGGCUGUAUUAUUAUAUUAUUAUUAUUAUUAAAUUCACUGUAUGGAAUUCUGAUUCCAACUAUGGGUUUCCUGGGAGAACCUGGCGGAGGGAACCCAUUCUGCCUCUUACCUUCCCUCUUAAUUCUCGGCAUCUUUUGUCUAUCAGGGUGCACGGGUCGCUAAAGCCUGGUGGAAAAAGUGGAUACGGGAAAGUAGGAAGGAAGAGCCCCCGACCCCAAGACCUGGGAUGUUUGGCCCGCUCCGCAAUGAGACAGACACCGUGCAUUGCAAUACAACCGCAACACCUGGGAAUGGAAGUCAGCCGGUCCUCCCCCCCUCCGCCUCCGCCUCCCCCCACUGACUGUUUCCCGUGGACCCUUAGCUCUGUAGCACCCUAAGCUUUUUCACGCCCACACUGGAUCCGCAUGCCUGCAUUUCUGUAACUUGCUCCUGGUAGUUAAGGCUAUGUUGACUAAGGCUACGUUACACACACACACACACACACACACACACACACAGACACACCGUAUCGGAGGCAGAUUGCCUCUGAACAUCAGUUUCUGAGAAUCGCAAACGAGGAGAGUCGCUGUCACGCUCAGAUCCUGCUGGAGAAAUUCCCAAAAUGAGCACCGGAGUGGCCACAGUGGGGAAAGGCUGCUAGACCAGACAGGCCUUUUUAGAUGCUUAAAUCCCUUUCCUGACUUCAGCCACCGCUGGAGAAGGGCAGCAAAGGAACAUUCUUUCUCACAGUCAGUGAUAGCCAUCUUCGGGAGAUUGCGGACUCUCCUUCCUUGGAGGUUUCUAAGGUUUCUUGGAUGCCUGUCUGUCAUGGAUGCUUUUGCUGAGAUUCCUGCAUUGAAGCGGGUUGGACUAGAUGACCCUCGGGGUCCCUUUCCAACUCUACAAUUCUGUGUUUCAUUUUCUUGUUAUAUGGAGCUUCUAAUUUUAUAGCAAUAAACAUUAUUACUGGCAAGGC